CUCCAGUGUCGGGGUAUAAAGAGGACUGCUAUCCGCCCAGGUUGAUUUUUCAAAUAUUAUUUUUUCAAGUAUUACUUUUUCAAAGCCUUGAUUCGCGCCGUUUCUCUCAUGCUACUUCAAACGUUCACUUUGUGUACAGCAGCGCUACAAGCUGCCGCAUCCUUGAUAGCUUCCCCAUCAAAGGAGGCAAACAAUGAGUAUUUCCAGUGCUUCAAGUUAAAUAACUCGACAUUUCGAAUUGUAGAAGCUGACAAGUAUGAUCAAACCCCAUUCAUAUACGCCAAGGUAUAUGACAGUACCAUCGUUGUGAUUGACACGGGCUGUGGAGGAAAGACUAAUGAUAUACGCGACUCACUCAAGACGUUCUUGGAGACUGCUCCAGUAGCAGAAUACAACCAUUCUCCUAUAAACCCCGAGAAAAAGCCAUAUACAAUUAUCAGUACGCACUGCCACUUUGAUCACAUUGGUGGAAUGGCGCCAUUCGCUGAGUUGCCAUCAACUAGAAUUUGGGCGAGCGCGUAUAAUCGGUGUUUCCUCAGCCCACGACUAUUACCCAGAACCUCUUUGUCCGUUGAUGUCGGUAUGACAACACCAGCGUACACGGUGACGAACUGGGCAAAAGACGGGCAACGAGUCACGGAUCGUGACGGCCAGGACCUCGGCUUGACCAUCUAUCACACGCCUGGACACACACCAGAUGGUCUUACUAUAUGGGAUUCCGAGGAAAGUUAUCUCUUUGUUGGCGAUACGCUUUAUGAAGAGGCUCCAAUUUACUUCCUUCUUGGUAGCAGUGUGUUUGAGUAUAGCGACACGCUGGCUAAGCUUGCAACGCUCGUGGAACAUUGGAAUGAGUGCAUCGCAUCAAGCGGCAAAAGAGUGCAACUUGCUGCUGGCCAUUUAACGGUGGGCGUUGAUGCCGCUGCUCUCAUUGCAAAAAUGAACGCAUUUUUACAGCAGGUUAUGGAUUGUAAAAUCCCUUCGAGAAACACGUCCACAUUUGGCAAGGAUACCAAAACCUAUGAAAUAGCAUCUAGUCACUUAUCGUGGGAAGGAAGCGCAUGCAUGUUUCAUGACGUUUUAGAGACAAACUGUAUUUCCGGUAAUUCUACGUGGUAGGAAAUUAUUUACAUUCUCCGUUGAAAUUGUAUUUAUAUAGCUUAUUACCCCACGGUUACAGUACAAAGGGAGAGCUGACAGUUGAGAACUUACCAAUUGCAUCAAAUAAACCCGUGAUUGUCUAAGGUCGAAUAUGCAGCCUCGCCAGAGUCAGUCUCUACCCUACGACCGCAAGGCGGCUGCGGCUAGAAGGCUACAGUAUGGAGUCUAGCAUCAGCAGUCAUCUAACACUAUUCACAAAAAUAAUUGUCCACGAG